AAUUGUAGCCAAUCAACAUCGAUAUUGAUUAUUAAAGCGCAUUUAUUUGGUUUAACUAUCAGUAUAGUAUUUCUAUUUGGCGCGAAAAUAAUGUAUAAUUUUUGCAUAUGGUAGACCACGGAUAAUAGUUUUCAGUAGUUUUAAAUGUGAAAAGCACAGACCGUUAAAUGUAACGUAGAAUAAUACUGCAGUAUUUAUAUCAAUCAAAGAGAUGUCUCAAAAACCAAAAAUGUUUGUCGUGAAACGAGAUGGACGCAUGGAAGAUAUUCAUUUUGAUAAAAUAACGUCGACCAUAAAGAAACUAUGCUAUGGUCUUGAUAUGGCUUAUAUUGACCCUGUAGCAGUCACAUCUCAAGUUAUAAGGAGUCUAUACGCAGGGAUAACAACAAUGGAGCUCGAUAACCUUGCUGUUCAAACUGCUGCUAUUAUGACUAUGGAACAUGCAGAUUAUGCCAUUCUAGCAGCUAGAAUUGCAGUAUCCAAAUUGCAUAAGGAAACAAAGGAAAGUUUCUGUGACGUUAUGUCAGAUUUACAUUAUGGUACAAAUCCAGAUUCCAAAAUUUUUCAACCUAUGAUUAGUGAGAAGCAUCAUAACAUUAUAAAAGAACACUCAGCCAUACUAAAUUCUGUAAUAGUAUAUGAUCGCGACUUUGAUUAUAAUUACUUUGGCUUUAAAACACUGGAAAAAAGCUUUUUACUAAAGAUAAACGGCAAGGUUGUCGAAAGACCUCAGCAUAUGUUAAUGAGAGUUGCUAUUUCAAUUCACGAAGAUGACAUUGAAAAAGUCAUUGAGACUUACAAUUUAAUGUCCCAACGAUAUUUUAUUCACUCUCCACCAACGCUCUUCUAUGCCUGCAGUCCAACCCAACAAAUGUCCAGCUCCUACUUGUUAAGCAUGAGCGACGAUAGUAUUGAUGGUAUUUUUGAGACAUUGACAAGAUGUGCUAUGAUUUCAAGCUUCGAUGGUGAACUUGGACUUAACAUUCAUUGCAUUAGAGCUAGAGGCACUCGUAUUUCUGGGACCAAUGCAGAUUCUAAUGGUCUAAUUCCAAUGCUUAGAGUUUACGAUGCCUCUGCUCAACAGGUUCGUCAAAGGCAUAGUAGAAGACUUACAGCGAACACUAUAUAUCUAGAACCAUGGCAUGCAGAUAUCAUGGACUUUUUAGAGCUUAAGAAAAAUAUAGGAAAGGCCGAGUAUCGAGCUAAACAUUUAUCUUAUGCAUUAUGGGUGCCUGAUCUGUUUAUGAAACGUGUCAUGGCUGAUGGUAUUUGGAGUCUAAUGUGUCCGCACGAAUGUCCUGGUCUCUUUGACUCUUAUGGCGAUACCUUCGAAAUUCUUUUUUUAAAAUACGAGAAAGAAAAGCGUUAUAAGCGGCAGAUACCUGCUAGGAAUGUAUGGUAUGCCAUAUUAAAAUCUCAAGUAGAAACAGGAUUACCUUGUAUGCUGUAUAAAGAUCAUUGUAAUCGGAAAUCCAAUCAGCAAAAUUUGGGGACUAUCAGAGGAGGAAAUUUCUCUGCUGAUAUAAUACAAUAUACCGAUUGUGAUGAAAUAGCAGUCUGUAACUCAGCCUCGAUAGCAGUGAAUAUGUUUGUUAAUGCGACUGACAGGACGUAUGAUUUUGAGAAGUUAAAAGAUGUCACAAAAACUGUAACACGAAAUUUGAAUAAACUCGUCGAUGUGAACUGGUAUCCAGAAACUGUUUCCGAAGCGAAAAAAUCACACUUGCGUCACAGGCCCAUAGGUAUUGGAAUACAAGGUUUGGCAGAUGCAUUUAUUUUAAUGCGUUAUCCAUUCGAAAGCGAGGACGCUCAAAAACUUAAUAUUCAAAUUUUCGAAACUUUGUACUAUGCUGCUUUGGAGGCAAGUUGCGAAAUUUCUCAGAAUGAAGGGCCAUAUUCAUCUUAUGAAGGAUGUUCCGUUCAUAAAGGUAUAUUGCAGUAUGACAUGUGGAAUGUGAAGCCGACAGAAUUAUGGGAUUGGACAACUCUUAAAAAAAAAAUUGCGAAAUAUGGGGUUCGCAAUUCUUUACUAAUCACAUCAAUGCCUACGACGUCUACUGCUCAAGUUUUGGGAAACAGCGAAUCUAUUGAACCUUAUACGAGCAACGUGUAUACCACACGAGCAUCAUCUGAAGAAUUUCAAUUUAUAAAUCCCUAUCUCUUGAGAGAUCUGACAGAGAAAAAUUUGUGGAAUGUUGAGAUAAAAAAUAAGAUCAUCGCUAAUAAUGGCUCGAUACUAAACGUCCAAGGUAUUCCUGAGGAUUUAAAGAAUUUAUAUAAAACGGCAUGGGAGAUUCGACAGAAAAUUAUCCUAAAAAUGGCUGUUGAUCGCGGAGCAUUUAUUGAUCAAUCACAAUCAUUGAAUAUUUACAUGGAAAAGCCAACGACAGAGAAGCUCACUUCGAUGCAUUUCUACGGUUGGGAAAUGGGUUUGAAAACAGGAAUGUACUAUCUACACACGAAACCUGCAGCAAAUUCCAUUCCAUUGUCGUCUGAUAAAUUUUUGCAAACAAGGAUCUCUCCUCCCUGUGGAAGAAACAAAGGAUUUGAAUCACCGUUGUAAUUAAAGAGAGUUUCAGCAGAACAAGUCAUCGAAGUAUAGGAACAAACUAAUGAGGAACCAGAUGCAGUUCAUGAAAUAAAAUGGCGACGCAUUGUUACAACAUGUGAACUUUAAAUUAUGAAAAUUAAUUGUAUCCAAUGCGCAAAUUAUUUUAUUUGAAUGUG